AAUGUAAAAGUUCCAAUACGUAAAACUGUGUAGAUAAAGUUAUUCUUACAAUUUCGGUUUUAAAUAGUGUAGUUUAAGGAGUCAUGACUGCCCGCAACAUCUUUUCAAAGCAUCUGCCGAACAUAAAACUUGCCACUCGCUUCGAUGCCGAAGGAAACGAAAUUCAGGUUGAACGUCGAGAAGAUGAAGAGCACAAACGCAAGGAACAAGACAUCCUUGAUGUUCUCGUACAGGCUGGCUACUAUCGCGCUCAUAUUCAGGGUUUGUCUGUAUUCGACAAGAUUAUCGGCGGAAUGACCUGGUGCAUCGAAGCUUGUGAUUACGAUGUAGACGUCGAUCUUCUCUUUCACGAAAAUUUAACUAUCGGCCAAAAAAUUUCACUGACCGAAAAAAUAGUGGUAGUACUUCCGAAAAUGAAGUGUCCAUUCCAGCUGGAACCCCAUCAGAUUCAGGGUUUGGAUUUUAUCAACAUUUUUCCCGUGAUAGAGUGGUUGGUUAAGCGGUCGGCUGAGAAUCGCAGUGAAAAAGCCGAACGGUUGAAAAAGUUGGCCGCUUCCCAGUUCCAGAAUUAUUUCAAACUUCCUUCGGACGGCGAAGCCAAGCGCCUUCACAGCAGACAGUUAAACAACCUUAAAGCCAUUGAAGAUCGCUAUAUUCCGAAACGGCAGUUUAAACGAAAGGAAAAAGGGCCGGAUGAUGUGAUGAGUCGUGUAAGAAUCACUCUUAUGGAAUACGGAGCUACGGAUUUUUCGGUAAAAACGAAUGUCGACAUGCCGGAGCUUGACGAUGUGCAAUCGGAAGAUGAUGUUUUCCAAAAUGUGCUGCAGAAACCUGAGCAGGAGCUUGAUUUUGAUCAAUUAUUUACGAAUUUAUCAGUUGCUGGAGAGCAAAAUCUUGCACCGAUUGCACUAACCGAAGCGGAGCGUGCGGCUCUUAACCAGCACUAUGAAGAUCUGAAGCGAGAAAUGUCCAUUGACACUAGCCAACUAUCAGAACAAAACAAAAUCAAAACACUUUUAGCAACGAAACUUGCGGCGGAGAAAAAAUUGGAGCGAGCCAGAGCUGAAAUUGAUCAAUUACAGAAUGUGAUGGCUGAAGGUAAAACGCAGCUCGAGAGCAUCCAAAAUCAGAAAGUUAUUCUGGAAGAAGAAAUUAACAAUUUAGACAACCUGGAAAUCGGAGAGGAAAACAACAAAAUUUUGUCUUACGUGCAGAAUUUGAUUGCGCAGAACGAAAACAUGAAGCGUCAGGAGAUAUUAUUUAAAGAAAACUGUAAAAAGGAAAUGGCUGAACUGCAGGAUCAGAUUCAAAAAGCGGAAACCGCAAAACCUUCCAGUGACAUUACUUGCUAUCAGACUCAGUUGGAGGGAGAACAGGAGAAGCUAAAAUCUUUACGCCUGCAGCUGGCCAAGAAAAACCGUGCCUACGUGUCAAUUAACCGUCAGCUCGAUAACAUCCCCGAUCGGACAGAGCUGGCGCAGUAUCAACGUCGGUUUUUAGAACUUUACAACCAGGUCAGUGCAAAACACCGGGAAACGAAGCAGUUCUAUACACUUUACAACACACUGGACGACACCAAACUUUAUCUGGAGAAGGAAAUGUCACUGUUGAAUUCUAUUUACGAAAAUUACGGCAGUGCGAUGCAGUCGUAUAAUUCUAGGGAGCAAUUUGGACAACAAUUCGAGAGCAUCGUCGAAGGAAUCCGUACUAAUAAAGCAAAGGUGAAGAAGAAGUGUGAUGACGAACGCGCUAAGCGAGAUGGUCUAAACGCUCAACUACUCUGUCUAGUGGAACAGCAACGGAAAUACGCUGCUACCGUUAAACAGUUGACCAUCGAAUGUCAACGCAAUGAAGCUCUUUUGAUAAGAUACCAUCAGCUUAAAAGUGCAGCUGACGAAAGAAAACAUAAGUAAAUUCCAGUAGAAUUAUUACAUUCAAUUGGACAUAAUAGCAAUAAUAUAUGUAUUACUUUUUA